AUGUUGCGCUUGUUUAUUCCGUUGUUUCUUGUUCUGAUCUUGCGUUCCUUCGCAAGCCAGAAAAAAUCUGUAAGCAACGUUCAACGUUUGGCACUUUUUUUAGUUCGGUCCUUGAAAAUAAUUGAUUUUGUCUGAUGUAAAAAGUAAGAUCAAAUGAAUAUACACCAGGACCGUGCUACUUUAACCAAAAAAAUUCAAUACUAAUACCUCGGGGACUUCCUCUUGUCUAGGUAUCAAGUCAAAACCAUUGCUGUAACUGUCGCGACGGUAAGCUAAAGACUUUGAAUGAAUCUUGAUUCUUAUCCGUUCAUGUUGUUCUAGCAUAAUUUCUCAUUUUUUCCCUAGGAAGGGACGGACGAGAUGGUCAGAACGGUAAGAUAAGACAUCGCACGUAUUAAUAUAACCAUGUUUUCACUAACUGACACAAUGGCCAACAGUUAUGAAUUCUAUUAAGCAGUAAAAGACUUUCUGACCCGCUCAACCUUCCAAUUUAGUACCUAUACGUAUAUAUCUGUUUACACCUUUUGCUCACAAAUGGAAUAGUAGAUUACUGGCAGGAAAUACUGCCAUAGGAACUUAAAUUAGUCUCGUUUUAUAUUACAACUGGGCGAACUAAUCUGAGAAAAUAUAAGAGGUUCUGACUGUUGAAAAUGGAAAAGUGAAUCUGGUUAAAAAUUAGAUAACCUAGUCAGAGCUGGGACUUUUUAAUUUAGAUGGUGUAGAAAAAUAAAUAAAGUAUUAAGCAAGAGAUCAAUAUCACUGACGUGGCAUGAUUAAAAUUGUUGUCUUCAGCUUUCUUUUCCGUGAGUUCUUCUCGUUCUCUUUUCUACUCAUUACCAUUAAAUAAUUUUAUUUUUUCACACCCAAGGAAAGGAUGGUCGUGAUGGAAGAGACGGGAUCAAUGCAGGAAACGGAAUGAAGGUAAAAAUAUUAAAAAGGAGUAAAGUUUUUUCUGCCAUUAUCAAAUCGAUGAUAAAUUAUUUCUUGGAACAAAGAUGACUAAGCCAGACGAGAACUUUUAAGAACACCGGACAAAAGGAUAAGAUUACUCAAGUUCCCUGCAAUCCGAGAUUUCAGCUGCCUCUAAAAACCCGCUUGAUCAACUCCAGAGUCUAUUUUCUGUAGUAAAAGCGAACUGACACAGUACCACCUUAUUCUGUUCUAAUAAGUAGUUACAUAAGAUAAAAAAUUCCGUUUGAAAUCUGACGAAAUCUCAGCGGUAAAGACCAGUCUUAAGUAAAAGAAUUACAAAGAAGGAGAUCUGAGUCUUCAAGUCUCCCCAGCCCUAGAUUGGUUUUAAGAAUAGUUAAGGACUUGUUUGUUUUUCAGGGUCAAAAAGGAGAACGUGGUUCGCCAGGAAACAACCCAGGAGGUGUAAUUAAGUUUAGCGAUACCGCUGAGAAAUGUACCGCAAACAUCGCCGGCAGUGUUAGUUACAAUAGUUCCCAGAAAUCCUUGCAACUCUGUGAUGGAAGUGUUUGGCUUCCAGUGCUGACUGUUGGAAAAGGUUACACGAAGGAUAGACCCGGCCGCCAUUGCUUGGAUAUUUUAAAUUCUGGUAAGCUUAAACUGUGAUAAUUAAGUAGAACCCAUAAGAGACUGAGGAGAAUAAUGAUAGUUGUAGAGAAUGCUGGGAAGUAGCUGUCCUGCAAUGCAGGCCUAUAUAUUGGGGGCCAGUGAAAGCUGCUUUAUAAAGUUUGUAAUGGCGCAGCCGCCAUCUUUCUUAAAUAUGCUUACUAAAGUUCAUCUUAUCAAUCAUAAUAUAUAAACAAUCAUGUAAAAUAAUAUUCAUUUUUCAGUAUAUUUAUUAUCAGGCCAAAGUCAUGGCAGUGGGCUUUACUGGAUUGAUCCAAACGGUGGCUCGACAGCUGACUCAUUCCAAGCCUUUUGCGACAUGGAAACUGAGCGUGGAGGUUGGACCCUAGUUGCCACAAAGGUCUCCCCAGGCUUCCUCUUCAUCAAAACUAUUUUCUCAUCAGUGGCCGCUGCAACUAAGAAAGCAGAUGCCGCGAGUCACAUACACCCAAGCAUGGGGGACUGGAAAGAGGUUAUGUUCCGCUUUGCUGACGUUGAUACCAUCCGAGUCAUUUACAACAGAAAGGCGGGCGCACCAAACAAAGACAAGGAGGAAUUCGACAAGUUCUUGAUGGGGAAGUCUAUGAGUUUGAUAAAGAACGUGAAUGGAUUUUAUAAGUACAGUCCAGCAGAUAAGAAAAGAAAUCCCAGCGUGGGUUUUGCCACCAUAUCCUCUUUCUACUUCUGGUCAAGCCGUGGGAUCUCAGAAAAUCAUAGUGGCACGGAUAAGUGGCUUGACAUGUGGAAUACUGGUGACGGUUCAAACAACUACAUCUACAGCGACAACAGCAGGGCGCGGGGCACCAAAUGUAUCGCGGGCUACUGUUAUCUGAACAAGCCAAUCUGGGUGAUGGUGCGUUAG